CUCCUGCCUCAUCCAAUCACCGUUUACCUCUCCCCUGUCACCUCUUACCUACCCCUUUGCCUCUCUUGUCCCCAUCUUUCCAUCGCCUUACCCCCUGCCAGCCAAGUGACCUCAUGUCCCUCCUUGUGCCUUUCACAAUCACCUUUUCUUAUGUAACCCUCAUGGCCACCCCCUGCCUCAUCUAUUCCUUUCAGUCACCUUCUGCCCCCCCCCCCACACUUUGCCACUUAUAGAACCAUAUUCUGCUAGCUCCAAAGGUAACUCGUCUACCCCUCUGCCCCUGUCACACUUGGCCUCGCAAUCUACCACCCCCACAGUCAACUCUCUGUGACACCUAGACAGUAAUCUCUAGCUUCUCCUUUGCUACCUCCACAGUCACAUGAUCUACCCCCCUCUGCCCCUGUCACACUUGGCCUCCCAAACCCCCCACAGUGAACUCUCUCAGUGCCACCGUCAUCUCUUGCCACCCUAAUAGUCAUAUUUAGCUUCCCCCUCAGUAGUCACCUCUAGCUCUUUACCACUCUCAACAUAAAAUUUUGCCUCAUUCACAGCCACCCCCCUUUCCUCUUCCGUCUGCCUCUUACAUUUGCACCCUCCCUGUCUUUACACUGUCACCUUUUGCUUAUCCCUCUGCCCCUCGGCCAAACCCCUGUCACUGAUUGACAAUUUGCCUCCCCCUACGGCCAUCACUUAUUUCCCGUGCACGCUACUGCAUGGAAGCCGAAAUCUUAUUGGUUUACGCUGCAGUGCCGACAGCAAGAGGGCGGGUAGGCCGUGAUAGUCACGUGAUGUGAUCAACUCAACUGAGGGAGACACAUACAGCAGCCUGGAAACAAUUCUGGUUAAGCUUUUCCUAUAAUGUGUGACCUGCAGUCUUCACCAAUGUUUGCCUUAAACGAGAUAUGGGUGAUAACAGUACUUGCGUGGAGCAGAGCCUUUCUACGGGCGUAGAUUUACAAACAAGAGUCCUCCAGUUUGUGGAGGAACAACUACACACAACAAUGCUUACGGGCAUUCUGAUAGGAGCUCUGGUGGCGAUAUCUUUGAUAGGAAUCAUCGUGUUCAUCAUCUAUAAAAAAUUUAGACAAUCAAAGCAACAGCAGCCAGAAGUGCAGCGCUACCGUUUCAGGAAGAGGGACAAAGUGAUGUUUUAUGGGCGAAAAAUCAUGAGAAAGGUCACUACUUUGCCAAACAGCUUAGUUGGCAACACAGUCUCAAGGCCAAGGGUGAGAAAACGAGUGAAAGUCUUGACACUGGCAAAAAGAAUACUGCGGUUUAAGAAGGAAUAUCCCACCCUACAGAAAAAGGAGCCACCACCGUCCCUACUUGAGGCAGAUCUGACAGAGUUUGAUGUCAAAAAUUCCCACUUACCUUCUGAAGUGCUGUAUAUGCUAAAAAAUGUGAGGGUAUUGGGACACUUUGAGAAACCCUUGUUUCUUGAAUUGUGCAAGCACAUGGUAUUCGUGCAGCUACACGAAGGAGAAUACAUUUUUCGUCCUGGGCAGAUGGAUAACAGCAUCUACGUGGUGCAAGACGGCAUGUUGGAAGUCUGUAUUCAAGAAAGCGAUGGCACUGAUGUGGUGGUGAAGGAGGUACUGGCAGGGGACAGUGUGCACAGUUUGCUGAGCAUCCUUGAUGUUAUAACGGGACACCCUGCUCCUUACAAAACGGUUUCAGCUAGAGCUGCGACAGCAUCCACCAUUUUGCGUCUUCCAGCAAAUGCUUUCCAAGAUGUGUUUUCCAAAUACCCAGAGACCCUUGUUAGAGUGGUACAGAUUAUCAUGGUGAGACUACAGAGAGUGACCUUCCUGGCUCUGCAUAAUUACCUGGGUCUGACCACAGAGCUCUUCAAUUCGGAGAGCCAAGCUAUCCCUCUGCUGUCUGUCACCAGCCUGACCUCUGGAACAGGGAGCAAUAAGCCAAUCAGAAGACAGAUUUCCAACAUUACUUCUGAAGAAAGCAAUGUCGAUAAAGCUGAAAAACCCAUUGAGAGUCAGCCGGACUCAGAGGCAGGAGUCUUCGACCCUUCAAAGGUUACAGCUGCUGAUGGUUCUAGCAAUGGCCAUAGAAGGAGCAGAUCUUCCUCUAGCUUGGUUGAGAUUCCAGGCAGCCCUAAAGCAGCAAAAUCUGACAUGGAUAUGGCUUACGAGCGAGCCCGUGUCAGCCUUACGCCAGAUGAUCUUCCUGCGAGCCCAGUGCUGAACAAGUCUAUUCUUAAAAAAUCGGUGACUGUCACAGAGACCCCAUCUGCAGUUUAUCACUAUAAGGAAGAGGAUCUAAUGAUACCGGAAUUUAGCGUCAAUAGGCACCUCAAUGCCAUGUUUGAAGCGGCAAAGAAAGAUCUUUCCACAUUAAUGAAGCUUCAGGAUCCUUCACUGCUCAAUAAUCGUAUAACUCUGCAUCAAGUGAAAGGAGGCACCGUUUUAUCAAGACAGGGAGACCAGGAUGUCAACGUACGCUUUGUGAUUUCUGGCCUCCUCCAUGUUUACCAAAGAAAGAUAGACCGUGAGGAGGAAACAUGUCUGUUCAUCACACACCCUGGAGAGCUGGUCGGACAGUUGGCUGUGUUGACUGGAGAGCCCCUCAUCUUCACUAUUAAAGCUAACAGAGAUUGUACCUUCCUGUCUAUCUCCAAGUGCCAUUUUUAUGAAAUAAUGAGGGAACAGCCCAGUGUGGUUCUGGGUGUGGCACACACUGUGGUGAAAAGAAUGUCUCCAUUCGUUAGACAGAUAGAUUUUGCGCUAGACUGGAUGGAAGUGGAGGCUGGCCGAUCUGUGUACAGACAAGGUGACAAAUCUGACUGUACCUUCAUCGUACUCAAUGGGCGACUGCGAUCUGUGAUCAAAAAGGAUGAUGGGAAAAAGCAGCUGACUGGUGAAUAUGGACGAGGAGACCUUAUUGGAGUGGUGGAAGCUCUAACUCACCAGCCAAGGGCCACCACGGUGCAUGCAGUACGAGAUUCCGAGCUUGCCAAAUUACCCGAGGGAGCUCUGACAUCCAUCAAGCGCAAAUAUCCCCAGGUGGUGACCCGGCUCAUUCAUUUGCUUGGCGAGAAGAUUCUUGGCAGCUUACAGCAGGUCAAUGGACCACUUACAGGUCAUGGUCUGGGCCUACACACUACAGGUAACAAGUGGGAUACGGGGAACCCAGCCAGUAACCUGUCCACUGUUGCCAUAUUGCCUGUAUCGGAGGACGUUCCUCUCACAGGUUUCACUCUGGAGCUGAAGCACGCUCUCAGCGCUAUCGGUCCCACUUUGCUGCUCACCAGUGACAACAUCAAACAGCGCCUGGGCUCAGCGGCUCUAGACAGUGUCCAUGAGUACAGACUUUCCAGCUGGUUGGGGCAGCAGGAGGACAUUCAUCGCAUUGUCUUGUACCAAUCAGAUUAUUGUCUCACUCCUUGGACCCAGCGGUGCAUCCGUCAGGCCGACUGCAUACUGAUUGUUGGGCUGGGGGACCAGGAGCCCACAGUGGGAGAGCUUGAGAAGAUGUUAGAGAACACAGCGGUGCGAGCGCAGAAGCAGCUGGUUCUGUUGCACAAAGAGGAUGGGCCUCCGCCGUUCCGUACAGUCGAGUGGCUUAAUAUGAGGAGCUGGUGUUCGGGCCAUCUGCACAUUUGCUGUCGUCAUCGAGUCUUCUCCAAAAAGAGCCUCCCAAAGUUGAUUGAGAUGUACGAGCGAGUCUCACAGAAGCCUCCAGACUGUCACUGUGACUUUUCACGCCUUGCUCGGGUUCUUACUGGAAAUGCCAUUGCACUGGUCCUGGGAGGUGGAGGAGCUAGGGGCUGCUCUCAGGUUGGCAUCAUUAAAGCCUUGAUAGAAGCUGGUAUUCCCAUUGACAUGGUUGGGGGCACUUCCAUUGGAGCCUUCAUGGGAGCACUGUAUGCAGAAGAGCGUGGUUUUAACCGCAUGAAGAUAAGAGCCCGCGAGUGGUGUAUGGACAUGACCUCUGUCUUUAAAAAAGUGCUGGACCUGACCUAUCCGAUUACUUCCAUGUUCUCCGGAGCUGCGUUCAACAGCAGCAUCAGUUGUAUCUUUAAAGACAAACAGAUAGAGGACCUGUGGAUUCCCUAUUUCAAUAUCACCACGGAUAUUACUGCUUCCACAAUGAGAGCACACACAGACGGUUGCUUGUGGCGAUAUGUGCGUGCCAGCAUGUCUCUUUCUGGGUAUAUGCCACCUCUUUGUGAUCCAAAGGAUGGACAUCUACUAAUGGAUGGUGGUUACAUCAAUAAUCUUCCAGCUGAUGUAGCCCGGUCUAUGGGGGCCAAAGUCGUUUUAGCUAUCGACGUGGGCAGCAGAGAUGAGACCGAUCUCACCAACUACGGUGACUCGUUGUCUGGUUGGUGGCUUCUGUGGAAAAGGUGGAACCCUCUAGCAGAGAGAGUAAAGGUGCUGAAUAUGGCAGAGAUCCAGACGCGCCUCGCCUAUGUGUGCUGUGUACGUCAGCUGGAAAUGGUCAUGAACAACGACUACUGUGAAUACAUCAGGCCGCCUAUUGACAGAUACGGCACUCUGGAGUUUGGGAAGUUUGAUGAAAUCUGUGAAGUGGGGUAUCAGCAUGGAAAGACAGUGUUCAAUGUCUGGGAGCGUAGCGGAGUUAUUGAUAAGAUGUUGAAAGAUCGACAGGACCUGUGUAAAUCCAAAACUUCAGACAUAAACACCUGUCCUAACGCCUCCUUCACAGAUCUGGCUGAAAUAGUGUCAAGAAUUGAACCAGUGAAAACAAACGUUGUGGACGAUGAAUCCGAUUACCAGACUGAAUACGAAGAUGAGGAAGUAACAGAUCCAGAAACCAAAGAGGAUUAUCUAAAUUUCCUGAGCAGCCAGAAGAUUGACAAUGGGUCAGAUAGUGAUGAUGAAGGAGAAACAGAAAUCCGUCAGCGGUUACUGGCAAUAAGGCGUCCAGGUGCAGCUGAAAAGACACCAGAAUGUAGCUGAACUAAUCAAAGUGAAGGAAAAGUCCCAACCUUUUGUCUUUAUACCAUCUCCUUUGCCUUUAUGGGAACCUCUGCUAUGUACCGUUACAUCAGUAGUAUUUAUAGGCUGCAUUGCUCUUAUAAAUAUUUGAUUAGUAGCUGGUUCAUUUUCAGGUACAGUACAAGUAGUGUUAAGGGACAAGAAGGGACAUAACAAUUUAAUUCUUUGUUUUUUUUUGGAGAUCAAAUUCAUAGCCAAAAAAUAUUUGAGCCUUAAAUACAUAUAUUCAUGACUAUUUUUUUUUUCAGUGGUACAGAAACACCACACGCCUAUAAUAAUGUAAUAUUAUGUCUACAUAAUAUAGAUAGAACCUAGGUUUUUGGUCAUACCAAGACACGAUAAUAAAAUGCUUUUUUGUUGUGAAUAUGAAAUAAUAAUGGAAGUCAUCACAAUUUCCUAUAGUGUUUAAGACUUUAAAAACCUUCCCUACGCGUUUUGCUUCUAGAAUGAAAGAAUAGAUAUGGAUUUCUUAAAAAUGAUAAAUAAAAAUUGACUUAGCCCUUGGGAUUCUUACAUCUGAUCUAGUUAUGCCAUAUUUCUAUCACUAUUUUUAUUGUGGAAGGAAGGUUCUAAUUAAUACCUCUUGUAAAUAUAAUCUGUGGCCAAUCUCUAGUAGGUGCCUCUGUUGCUCCAGGAAUUUCGGUUAAGGAGGGGUUGGAGUCUGCUAGUGAUAUUUUCAAUCACUUGUAGUAGUAAGCAAUUAGCUCACAGCAGUUACAGACCGUACUGCUGAUGAAAGCUUUAAAAAUAAAAUUGUUAGUGCCUCAAAAUUCUGCUGUGACGUCCUUAUUCCAUUAGCAAAUAACGAGUGCAUCACAGCAAAAAAACAAAUUAACAUUUCUUCAAACAAGCUGGUUUAGUGUAAUAAAUGUAGUUUUUCUUUAAUACGGUUCUUUUUUUUAUUCUGAAAAAAAUAAGUCUGAUUUGGGGGGAAGUUAGUUAUCUAAUCUUUAAAAAUAAGUUUAACUGUCUCCCAAACUGCUGUUGAGCUAAGAUAAUUAAAGGGACAUAAUACCUUUAUGCUAAAUCACUUGAAAGUGAUGCAGCAUAACUGUAAAAAGCUGACAAGACAAUAUAAUCUGAGCAUCUUUGUGUAAAAAAGGAAGCUAUUUUACAUCAAAAUUGUGAACAGUUAUUCUUCAGCUACUGUCCAGCUGCACGUUAAAUAUAUAUGUACAUAUAUCCAAUCCGCAGUGCUGAGGCCAUGCUUUGCUUUGAUCACAUGAGAUUUCACUGAAAUCUUGUGAGAUUUUAUAGUAAACUUCCUUAAACUAAAUAGGGAAAUAACAUGACUGUGCCUGCACAUGCAAGCUGUACACUCCCUUGCAAGUCCUGGGACUAGUAUCCUGAUUAGCUACUUACUUAAAGUCCCUUUAAAUUGGGGUGUACAUAGGAAAUAUUGAGGUAACUAUCUUCCUUUUUUUACAUAGAGAUGUUCAAGUGGUAUUUUUUAGUCAGCUUUGUGUUCCUUUUAAGGUAAAUUUUGUGGUAAUUGUUUAAAGUAACCUGCUUCGUUAUAGUAGUAGUUGAAAUAAUUUAAUUUAAAAUAGGUCAAUAAAACAAGUAUAAAUCAUAUUACUCAAUAUUUUGGUUAAGAAUAAAAAAACAUGAACAACCUUAAAAAAUUCCUAAAACUAUCUCUAUGUGACUCUCAUUUACAGAUCUUGUUUGUUUAAUUGCACUUUAAUUCAAUAAGAAAAAAAGUAACUUCUGAGUGUGGCUAAAUUAAGACAUUUAUACAUAUUCAGUAAGAUUAUAUAUAUAUAUAUAUAUAUAUAUAUCAGAGACCACUUUAUUUAGUACCCUCUGUAAAACGUGUGGGAAUUGACUAUCAAGUCUAUAUAUUUUGUAUUUAUUAUAAAAAAAUAAAAAAAACAUUAAAUAAUUUGACUUUAUUUUGAAAACAUGGGACAUUUACUCCAACACAAAAUGUUGAAACAAAAAUUAAAAUUUUGAGAUAAAUAUAUGUAUUAAUUUGGGAUGUAGCAAAGUGCUAAUAGCAUUUUUUUUUUUCCAGAUAAUGUUCUAUGCAGAGCUUUUUCUUACUCGAACCAGUCAGCAUGGAGUUAACACAAUUUAUUUUUUAAAAUCUCUUUCAUUUUUAUAAUGUACAUCCUGCUGAUCAUUUUCAUCUCACUCGUACUAAUACUACUAAAUUAUUAUUACUUUAUUUUUUUUGUGUUGCCAAAUAGCAAUGCCCAGCCUCAGGUGAUACCAGUUUUUGUGGUGGUUGGUGGGUAAUCUUUUUUGCCUUGUGAUAGCAAACUUAUAAUGAUACAAAUCUGGAUAUUGCAAAUGUUCUGAUGUUUUAUAAAAUAAAAUAAAAAAUGUUGAAAAGUGA